UAUCAGUUUUAUCAUAAGUCAUGGAUGUUUUGUUUUUAAUUCAAUUUCAUCAAUUAUUUUGAUUAUUGCUAUUUCAUUUCAAAACCUAUUGUAAUUCGUGAAUAAUUCAUUGGCGUUUGAUUAGUUCAUGCAUUGUGUGAUAAAGUUUAAAGUUUAACGUUCUUCUAUGUAGUGAUUUCCAUUGUUUGAAUCUUCAUCUUCGACUAAUAUUAUUGCAAUUCAACGUUUGAUUAUUCAAUUAUCAUGAUCGAAAAUACUUCGGGGAGCGAUGCUGGAGCUGGACAGUGGUGUUUGAUCGAAAGUGAUCCUGGCGUUUUCACUGAACUGAUCAGAGAAUUUGGUUGCAAAGGUGUACAGGUUGAAGAACUAUGGAGUUUGGAACCGGAACAAUUCGUCGAUUUGAGACCGGUCCAUGGACUGAUAUUCUUGUUCAAAUGGGAACCGAACGAAGAACCUACCGGAUCGUUGGUACUAGACGCGAAAGCGGAUAAAAUAUUCUUUGCUCAACAAGUUAUAACAAACGCUUGCGCUACUCAAGCUAUUCUCAGUAUAUUAUUGAAUUGUAAACACGCCGAUGUUACUUUGGGUUCGACGCUAACAGAAUUCAAAGAUUUUUGCCAGUCGUUCGAUGCCACGAUGAAAGGAUUAAGUUUGAGUAAUUGUCAAGCCAUCCGAUCGGUUCAUAAUUCAUUUGCGAAACCUACGUUAUUCGAAUUCGAUUCAAAAUCCCAGAAUAAAAACGACGAAACGUAUCAUUUCGUUAGUUACGUUCCAAUCGAUGGAAGACUUUAUGAAAUUGAUGGAUUGAAAGCCGGUCCCAUUGAUUUAGGUAUCAUUCCACCCAACUCUGACUGGUUAAACAUCGCUAAACCGGUGAUUGAGAAUAGAAUAAAACGGUAUAAAGAAGGAGAAAUACAUUUCAAUUUAAUGGCCAUCGUCAGCGAUAGAAAAGCUAAAUUCGAAAAAAGAAUCCAAGAAAUUAAUCAAGAAAUGCAGGAAAACGGUAUGGAAACUGAUGCUCAGCAGAGUGAAAUAGCCAAGUUGCAUAUGCUGAUCGAAGAAGAAGAGAAUAAAAUGAAACGUUAUAAAACCGAGAAUAUUCGAAGGAAACAUAAUUAUUUACCAUUGAUCGUGGAAAUACUGAAAAUAUUGGCCAACGAAAAAGAACUCAUACCUUUAUACGAGAAAGCCAAAACGAAAUCUGCGGCUAAAGGAGAAUCGAAAAAAUCGAUAAAGUGAUGCAAUUCUAAUUCACUCCAAGUAUUUUUAUAAUGAUGUAAUAAUAUUCAAGAUUAAAAUAUUUAUAUUGCUCGAGACAA